UUUUCUUUAAUUCCAAAGUCUUAUUUAUAUCUUCCUCUCUUCUCACUUUCUCUCAACUCUUUAUAAAAUCACAAUUAUUUCAUCAUCUUAGAUCUCUACAACACUUUCUUUCAACUUAACUAAUGGAAAUAGAUAAUCAAAACAAUUGGGAUAGCUAUGUUGAUUGGAAAAAUAGACCAGCCAUCAACAAUCGUCAUGGUGGCUUGCUUGCUGCCUCCUUUGUGUUAGGUGUUGAGGUGUUGGAGAAUUUGGCAUUUUUGGCAAAUGCAAGCAAUUUGGUGUUGUAUAUGUCUGAGUACAUGUAUUUUUCACCAUCAAAAUCAGCAAAUUCUGUGACUAAUUUUAUGGGCACAGCAUUUUUAUUGGCACUUCUUGGUGGAUUCUUAUCUGAUGCUUUCUUCACAACUUAUUACAUUUAUCUCAUCAGUGCACUCAUUGAAUUUCUGGGACUUGUAAUACUCACCAUACAAGCUCGUUCGAGUUCAUUGAAGCCACAAAAAUGUGAUCUAAACAUGCCUUGUGAACAAGUUCAUGGUGCACAAGCUGCAAUGUUGUUCAUAGGACUCUACCUAGUGGCGUUAGGCGUUGGAGGUAUAAAGGGAUCGCUAGCACCCCACGGUGCUGAACAGUUCGAUGAAUCAACCCCUCGUGGAAGAAAGCAUAGAUCAACUUUCUUCAAUUACUUUGUGUUCUGUCUCUCCUUUGGAGCUCUCAUUGCAGUCACAUUUGUUGUUUGGAUCGAAGACAAUAAGGGUUGGCAAUGGGGAUUCGGAAUCUCAACUUUCGCUAUAUUUCUCUCAAUCCCGAUGUUCCUUUCUGGUUCAUCAUUCUAUCGGAACAAGAUACCUCGUGGUAGCCCUCUUACAACGAUCAGUAAGGUUAUAAUUGCAGCUGUAUUAAAUUCUAGUUCAAAUUCAUCGAAGAACUCAAGCACAGUCAUUGCAAGUAUGACUUCAAGUCCUUCUCCUCCGGUUCCAACUAGCAAAUCAAUUGAGACAGCUCCAUCGAGAAGCCUUAGCUUCCUUAAUCGCGCUGUUUCAGACACACCAGCAUGUGGCGCGUUAAAAUGCACAGUGCAACAAGUGGAAGAAGUUAAGAUUGUGAUGAAACUGUUCCCGAUUUUCGCCUGCACCAUUAUGCUCAACUGUUGUCUAGCUCAACUAAAUACAUUCUCAGUCCAUCAAGCAGCCUCGAUGAACACACAGGUCGGUUCUUUAAAAGUCCCACCGGCUUCCCUCCCUGUUUUCCCUGUAGUAUUCAUCAUGAUCUUAGCACCAGUUUACGAUCACUUCAUCAUCCCAUUUGCUCGUAGAGUAACCAAAACAGAAAUGGGGAUCUCACACCUCCAACGUAUUGGUAUCGGGUUGUUCCUAUCCAUCGUGGCAAUGGGAAUCGCAGCCCUAGUUGAAAUCAAACGUAAGAGAGUAGCUACUGAUUCAGGACUCAUCGACUCUGCUCAACCAUUGCCUAUAACAUUCUUUUGGAUCGCGUUUCAGUACUUAUUUCUCGGGUCAGCUGAUCUUUUCGUUCUAGCAGGACUACUAGAAUUCUGUUUCUCAGAAGCACCAGUGAGUAUGAGAUCAUUGGCAACAUCUCUCUCGUGGGCUUCUUUAGCUAUCGGAUACUAUCUCAGCUCGGUGAUUGUGUCUAUUGUCAACCGUGUAACAGGCAUUUCAACGAACAAGCCAUGGCUCGCGGGUAGAAACUUGAAUCACUACCAUUUGGACAGGUUCUACUGGCUAAUGUGCAUACUCAGUGCAUUAAACUUUAUGCACUACUUAUUCUGGGCUACAAAAUACAAGUAUACAUCAGUCACGUCUAGGCGUUGAGACGCAUAGAUAAAACUUUCGUAGUUUUAAUAUAUGGUUUUUUCUCUAGACUUCAAUGUACAAUGUGUCUGAUGAACUGCUGGAUUGAGACCAGCAAAGAGGUCAAAACAGAACUAGUUGUUUAUCAAUUGAUCUUAAUAUCUUAAAGCUAUUAAAAUGCUCUUCUUUGUUUGA